UUGAGCAGAAUUCAAACACUAGAGACCAGUCGUGUGUCGGCUUUGUUUUGUACAUUUGCUUCCUGGCUGGGUGGAGAAUUUCAGAACGGACGAUGUGUUUGACUCGCGGGAGGGCAUGCAAAAACAGUCACUGCCACGUGUCCCGAGACAGGCGAUAGUGUGUACUCCCAGAGCGACGCUUCCCGGGAAUAUCGCAGUGAUUGAUCGGCACCCAUACCCUGCGCAGCUUGUUGGGGAAUUCCCUCGACAUCACCGACGAGACGUCAGCGAUCUCCCUCUGUGUGUCCGCACUGUGACAAAUCCUGUCAGGCAGGAGGCUUUGGAUCCCAGCCUGGGGAGGAUCUCGCAGAGCACCAGCUCCCAUCCUUGCCAAGGCUCUCCCUCUUCCAUGUACAGGACACAGGAUAACCAGGGCUGUCCCGUUUUCCAGCCUGGCUCUCCCCCCUGCCACAAGGACAGAUGGCCUAAUGCCCACAGGGGGCAGAAGACUGGAACGAUGAAAGGCCCGGUGGAUCCAAUGAGGGAGGACAGCAGUAAAUCGGGAAUGGCCUCGGAGCGGGUGGUUCUCAUUGUGGAUAACACGCGGUUUGUGGUCGAUCCUAGCAUCUUUACAGGGCACCCAGACACACUGCUGGGCCGAAUGUUCACCUCAGGUCGAGAGCACAAUGUCACUCAGGCGAACCAGAAAGGCGAGUAUGAGAUCGCUGAGGGUCUCAGUUCCACGGUCUUCCGAGCAGCCCUGGAUUAUUACACCACUGGAGUUAUUCAGUGUCCUGAUGGUAUUUCAGUCCAAGAACUCCGAGAUGCAUGUGACUAUCUGUGCAUCAACUUCAGUCACAAUACAAUUCGCUGUCGAGAUCUCAGUGCUCUGCUACAUGAGUUAUCAAACGAUGGGGCACGGAAGCAGUUUGAGAAGAACCUGGAAGAGUUGGUGUUUCCCCUGAUGAUGUCAAGUGCCCGGAAAGGGGAGCGGGAAUGCCAUGUGGUCGUGCUGACACAUGAGGACACUGUGGACUGGGAUCAACAACACCCACCACAGAUGGGAGAGGAAUAUUCUCACAUUAUUUAUAGCACCAAACUGUACAGGUUCUUCAAAUACAUCGAGAACCGGGAGAUAGCCAAACAGGUUUUGAAGGACCGAGGGCUAAAGAACAUCCGCAUCGGAAUUGAAGGUUAUCCAACCUGUAAGGAGAAGUUGAAGCUGCGAGCGGGCGGCCGUUACGAGGUGAUCUAUAAUUACGUGCAGCGACCAUUCAUCCACAUGUCCUGGGAGAAGGAGGAGGGGAAGAGCCGGCAUGUGGAUUUCCAGUGUGUCAGGAGGUCCACCACCAAUCUGGCCUCACCACCCCGUGACCUUGGCACCACCCAUCACCCACAAGUGGAUGAGCUCGACAUUCUGGGUCCAGCACAGGACCAGGCUGAGGAGGUUAGUGCCACCCUCCAGGAGUAAGCUUAACCCUGGGGCACUGGCACAAAACAAGUGCACCUGGAAAAUGGGGCUGUGCUUCAGGCUGCUCUGUCAUGGGAGUACAAACAGGAUUGGGGUGCUCCUUGACUCCACACUGCGACAGCACAGAGCAUGGUGAUCUGGUUAUGUGGGGAAAUCCGGCAGUGAUCAGGUGUGAGGAUCUCACUGCACUCGAACACACAGGAAUCUGACACAGUGAUUGAGCGCAGGAGAUCCACAUGGUGCUUAGCUGUGGGGGCCUGGUGUGAGGAUCAGGUGUAGUGACCCAGGGCACGAAUCAGUUGUGCAGGAUCGAGUUGUACAAACUGGUGAGAAGGCUCCGACCCUGGCAUUUUGGAAAUUUUUUAAAAAAUUCACUUGGGGGAUGUGGGCAUCACUGCGGCCCGGCCUUUCUUGUCAAGCCCUAGCUGCCCCUUGAGAAGGUGGUGCUGAGCUGCUUUCUUGAAUUGCUGCAGUCCUCCUGCUAGGGGUUGAUCCACAAUAAUACCACGAGAGAGGGAAUUCCAGGAUUUUAAAGAAGGAGCAGUGAUAGAUUUCCAAGUCAGGACGGUGAGGGGAACUUACAGGUGAUGUUUCAGCAUCCACACUUCUGUAGAAGCUGUUGCGGGUCUGUUUAGGGAGAAAGCAGCUGUUUAUAUCAGAAAGGGCAAGACCAAGCGAGCGUGUGCAUGGUACGCAUCUGUCUGAACAUAGAACAUUACAGCACAGUACAGGCACUUCGGCCCUCGAUGUUGUGCCGACCUAUGAUACCGAUCUCAAGCCCAUCUAACCUACACUAUUCCAUGUACGUCCAUAUGCUUGUCCAAUGACGACUUAAACGUACCUAAAGUUGGUGAAUCUACUACCGUUGCAGGCAAAGCAUUCCAUUCCCUUACUACUCUCUGAGUAAAGAAACUACCUCUGACAUCUGUCCGAAAUCUUUCAUACCUCAAUUUAAAGCUAUGCCCCCUGGUGCUCGCCGUCACCAUCCCAGGAAAAAGGCUCUCCCUAUCCACCCCUCUGAUUAUUUUAUAUGUCUCAAUUAAGUCACCUCUCAACCUUCUUCUCUGUAACGAAAACAGCCUCAAGUCCCUUAGCCUUUCCUCAUAAGGCCUUCUCUCCAUCCCAGGCAAGAUCCUAGUAAAUCUCCUCUGCACCCUUUCCAAAGCUUCCACAUCCUUCUUAUAAUGCAGUGACCAGAACUGUGCACAAUACUCCAAGUGCAGCCGCACCA